AUGGCAAAACAUACCAAGAAAUCGACUCGCAAGUUCGAGAAAAAGCAUCUUAAGGCUGUUCUUGAGCAACGAAAAGCUGGUGCGAAGAUCAAGCAACGACAGCAGAUCAAAGCUAAGCGUCAAGCUCGAAAUGCGAAAGAUGAUGAAUUCUUAGGCGACAAAGAUGAAGAUGGAAAACCCGAAGUUGCGAGGGAGGAUCCUUUUGGGAAGAUGAAUGUGGACGACUUCUUCCAAGGUGGCUUUGAGAUUCCAGAAAAUCUUGCGAAGAAAUCAAAAGCAGUGCCAGAGAAGCUCGGAAAAAGAAAGCGAUUGGCGCCAGAGGAAGAUGAUGAUGAAUCUUCAGAAGCCUCAUUCGAGGAGGCACCAAUGGGGAGUGAUAGCGAGGGCGAAGGCGAAGCAGAAGACGAUAUUGGCAUGACCAAAGAGGCUAUGGAUGCUCUCGCUGAGAAGGAUCCCGAGUUCUACAAAUACUUGAAGGAGAACGACCCUGAGGCUCUACAAUUUGACGAAAAUGCGGAUCUGGUAGAGGUGGACGACCUAAGUGGCAGUGACGAAGAGGAAGCGCCAAAGAAGAAGAAGCAAAAGAAGGCCAAGAAGGCUGACGAUAUGUCAGAUGAGGAGGUCGCAGAUUCGGCAGAGGUCACAAAGGGCAUGGUCGCGAAAUGGACGGCAGCGAUGACAAAAGAGCACUCGUUACGUGCUAUGCGACAGGUUGUUCUUGCAUUCCGAGCCGCGGCCCACGUCAAUGAGGAUGAUGGGAAAGAGUACAAGUACACGAUUUCAAAUCCUGAUGUCUAUCACGACCUCCUCCUUACCACCCUCAAAAACGUUCCCGAAGUCCUUGGCCAUCAUCUACCUAUCAAAGAGGCAGCCUCUGGCAAGGUUCGGGUGUCAACAGACUCGAAGAAAUUCAAGACUCUUACACCCCUGCUCAAAUCGCACACCUCAUCUGUGCAUCAUCUUCUCACUACUCUCGCCGACGAAGCGACUCUCAAACUUACGCUUUCCUCGGUAACGCCCCUUUUACCAUACCUUCUUCCAUUCAAAAAGAUCCUCAAAAAUAUUGUCAAGACGGUUGUCGAUAUCUGGUCAGAUGCAUCAAGUUCCGAGGCAACGAGAAUAACGGCAUUCUUGGUUCUUCGGAGACUUGCCGUGAUAGGAGAUCCCGGAUUGCGAGAGGCUGUUUUGAAGACCGUGUAUCAAGGUUUGAUCAAGGGCAGUCGCACUACAUCAAUCCACACCAUUCAAGGGAUAAAUCUCAUGAAAAACUCGGCAGCCGAGCUUUGGGGCAUUGACCAGGAAGUUGGAUAUGCUACAGGAUUUACAUUCAUACGUCAAUUGGCGAUCCAUCUCAGAACCAGCAUCACAAACAACCAAAAAGAGAGUUACAAGACCGUCUACAACUGGCAAUAUGUACACUCGUUAGACUUCUGGUCCUGUGUACUGUCAGAGUACUGCAGCCCUGUCAAGGAGGCUGAGAGUGGGAAGGAGUCCCAGCUUCGGCUUUUGAUAUACCCCACUGUUCAGGUGACCCUUGGGGCUAUGCGUCUUAUUCCAACGGCAACUUACUUCCCCCUGCGGUUUCAAAUGGUGCGGUCGCUUCUCCGGAUAUCGCGGGCAACGGGCACAUACAUUCCGUUAGCCUCAGCCCUACUAGAAGUUCUGAACUCGGUAGAGAUGAAGAAGCCGCCAAAGGCUAGUACCCUUAAGAGCUUAGACUUUACAUCUAGCUACAAAGCGCCAAAGUCGUAUCUUCGAACUCGCGUGUACCAGGAUGGAGUUGGCGAACAACUAGUGGAGUUACUCUCCGAAUUCUUUGUCCUGUGGUCCACCAGCAUUGCGUUCCCGGAAUUGGCAUUGCCUGUGAUAGUGAUGGUAAAGCGCUGGCUGAAGGAGGCGGGGAACAAGACUACUGGAAAUAAGAACAAUAAGGUCAAUUCGGGCUUUGUGCUUCUGAUUCAGAAGUUGGAAGCAAAUGCGAAAUGGAUUGAAGGGAUGAGAGCCAAGGUUGACUUUGCACCGAACAAUAGAGCCGGUGUAGAGGGCUUCUUGAAAGGAUUUGAAUGGGAGAAGACACCCCUUGGCGCCUUUGUUGCUGGCCAAAGAAAACAGAGAGAGGAGAGAGCUAGAAUCAUGGAGGAAAGCCGGAGAGAGGAUGAGAGAAAGCGGAAACUCGAGGGUGGGAAGCAGAAGGCUACGUCUGACAGUGACGAGGAUAUGGACGAUGCCGACCAAGACGACGAUUCAGAAGCUGGAUUCGAAGACGAGGAUGAGGAGGAUGACGAAUAG